GCCUCUAUCUGAGCGCUUCGGGUUCCGCCGGCCGGGCCGGUCGCCAAUGGUUGUGCGGUCUCCAUGGGGAUGGAAGAUGGCGGCCCGAGACUCCAGAGCUCAGCUGUAGGGCGCAGGGAGAGGCUGUGGUGCAGGAGGGGAGCCUAAGCCCCUCUGGCCCUGAGGAUGAACUGGCUCCGUUCUCUGGAAUGCACACGCUGAGGGACCACAGCCCUGGGAAAGGAAGAUGCUCCGGACUAGUAACUACAGCCUGGUGCUCUCCCUGCAGUUCCUGCUGCUCGUCUAUGAUCUCUUUGUCAACUCCUUCUCAGAGCUGCUCCGUAUGGCCCCCGUCAUCCAGCUUGUGCUCUUCAUCAUCCAGGAUAUCGCCGUCCUCUUCAACAUCAUCAUCAUCUUCCUCAUGUUUUUCAACACCUUCGUCUUCCAGGCUGGCCUGGUCAACCUCCUCUUCCACAAGUUUAAAGGGACCAUUGUCCUGUCGGCUGCUUACCUGGUUCUGAGCAUCGCCUUCCACAUCUGGGUCAUGAACCUGCGCUGGAAAAACUCUACCCGCUUCGUGUGGACGGACGGGCUCCAGGCCCUCUUUGUGUUCCAGAGGCUGGCGGCUGUGCUGUACUGCUACUUCUACAAGAGGACGGCCUUGCACCUGGGGGACCCCCGCUUCUACCAGGACUCCCUAUGGCUGCGCAAGAAGUUUGCUCAGGUCCGCAGCUGAUGGCUUCCUCCAGGACCCAGAGCCGUGGCUGGUCCGUGGCUGCUCCCAGCUGGCUGGCAUGGAGCCCCCCCGUUCCACCUGUGCUUUCUAUUGUCUGUCUGAGAAGCCAGUGUCUCUCAAACUUGGUCUCUCACUCCGUCCCAUGAACCAAACAGGCUGGAGAGGUCCCAUCAAGAGACGUGUCAUCCUCGCACUGCUGCUUUGCAAGUUGCCUGCUCAGGCUCUCCAUCAUCCCUGGUACCUCAUUCCAUUCCCCUCUUGCAGAUCAGUGAGCCGUUCCUGCCCCUUUCUCUCUGGACCCAGCUUCAGCUUCCCUGAGGAGUGAUCCAAAGUGCCAAGCAGGUUUGGCUCAGCAGUCCUGUAACUGCAGCAUGGCUCCUCUUCAUGCAGAAAAAUCCUUCCACCAGCCCUACGCACAGCUCACUCGCAGCCUGACCAGUGGGGUCCUGUUCGUAUUGGCUGCAUUCAGCCUCCGCUUUGCAUAUCUGGUGGGAUGAGGUGCCAGUACUCAGCCUGUCCUAGCCACGCAGCGUUAGGCCUGUCCUGGUGGUAGACCCUCCUUUUGUAUCUGCGUAUUUUUGUAAAUUAUGAGACAAUAAAUUGGCUUCAUUUUCCAGAAA